AUGACGGUAACUCUCAGCCUCUCUGGGCUCCUGCCGCUGAUUCUGACUGUUCUAGCAGUAGUCUGGCUGUGGAUAAAGAGCAGACGCAACUAUCCAAGCAACAUUCCGCCUUUUCCGUCAACGCCUCUUCCAAUUGUUGGGCAUUUUCUCCAAAUGGGAGGCAAUCUUAGAGAUAAAAUUCAAGUGUGGAGAAAGGUAGCUGGGGAUAUUUUCAGUCUGGAUCUUGGAGGACAGUUGAAUAUUUUGGUAAAUGACUUCAGCACCAUCAAAGAGAUCUGGGUCAAGCACGCUGACUAUAUUGUAAACGCGCAAGACUCAUUUGCAGUGCAGCUCAUUGGCGAACACGAUAAGGGAAUAAUCUCAGCCAGAGAUGACAACUGGAAAGAGCAACGGACAACAUCUUUGUCCAUCCUUCGUUCUUUCGGAAUGGGGAAAAAUGUCAUGGCUGACAAAAUUCAAGAAGAGGUUUCGUGUGUUUUGGAGAAGAUCACAUCUUUCAAAGGAAAUCCAGAGGACGUUAGAUUACUUCUGAACAUUAGUGUAUCCAACGUGAUUUGUUCCGUUACUGUCGGGAAACGAUUUGAUUAUGAAGAUCCAUUUUUUGUUCGGUUCAUGUAUCAGUUACAAGACGCGGUAAAAUAUACUAGGAAUGCGGCAUUAUUAACAUCAUUUCAAUUCUUGUACUAUUUACCCGGUGACCUCUUUAAGGCAAAGAGAUUCGCUAAGGCUUCCAUUGAAUUAAAUGAGAAAUUCAGUAAGGCCUAUGUCAAUAAAAUAAAACAAGACUUCGAUGCACACGAAGAUCCCGAGAACUUUAUUGCCGCCUACAUUAGGGAGAUGAAGAAGUUGAAAAACAAGGGUAUUCAGACACAUCUCGAUGAAGAAAACUUGGUUGCUAUCGUCAGACUUCUUUUUCUGGCGGGAACUGAGACAACAAGCAUCACAACGUUGUGGUGUCUUCUCUACAUGCUGCAUUAUCCUGAGGUGCAAGAGAAGGUAUAUCGUGAAAUUGAGGCUAAUGUUGGAACUGAACGUAUUCCUAACAUGUCUGACAAACCCAAACUGGUUUAUCUAAACGCAGUUAUCAUGGAAACACAACGUUUUGCCAGUCUUGUUCCUAUUGGAAUACUUCGAGAAGUCAGCGAUACAUUUGAAGUUGGCGGUUUUACGUUUCCCAAAGGAAGCAUUCUUUGGCCAGUCUUGGACUCUGUUCACUACGAGAAGAAAAUCUGGGGCGAUCCAGAGAACUUUAGGCCUGAAAGAUUCAUCGACAAGAACGGAGCUCUCAUCAACCGAGAAGAACUGAUCCCAUUCUCCAUCGGCAGACGAAUAUGUUUAGGAGAAGCCCUGGCUAAAAUGGAACUAUUUCUGUUUCUGUCUGCUUUGUUUCAACGCUUCAAGUUUCAACCAGCUGAUAGUUCUGGUAAUCUCCCAACUUUGAAAGAGUCUUUCGGAGCUACUUGUGUACCCCAACCUUUCAAACUGAAGUUCAUAGAACGCAGUAGACAAAUAUAA